AUGUCUUCAUCUGCAAGAAUCGCUGAAGAUAUUGGCUGGGAUGAUGGGUUGGAAAUCCCGGUCGCAAAUUCGGAGAACAAGAAGCUCACCGCCAAACUCCAAGAGCUUCGCCGCAAUUACGACCAAAAAAGCGGAGAGAGUGAGAAUCUCAAAGUCAAAAUCAAGAACUUAGAAUCUCACCUCAAGACGGUUCGGGAGGAGCUUCAGAAUACGCUUCAAAUGCGAAAUACGCGCAAAAAAGAGCUCGACACUGAGAAGCACUUUACCGUCGUCAGCGAGCACGAGAACUCGCGCCUUUCGCAGCUCAUCCGAUCGCUUGAAAAGCAACUCGAGUCGCUUCGGGAACAGCGAAAUGUCUUUGAGAACAAGAUCUACCAGACGAACAGCAAGGUUGAGCAGCUCAAGAAUCAGAUGCAAUGGGACCAGCACGCUCUUGAAGCUUGGUUGGAGGAGUCAGCUAGACGGGACGAAGAUGCGCUGCUCUUUCAGAAGUAUCGAAAGCAGGAUGAUUCGAAAAUAAAGGAGCUUCAAUUAUCCAUCGAAACAAUGACCGAAGAGCGCAACGCCGCCCGCCGAAAACUCGAAGUGGAAACCACCGAGACGUUGACCGCCCAACUCGAGCUAGAAAAGAUCGCCGAGGAGUUCCGCACCGCUCACACCGCCCGACAAGACCUGAUCUCUCAGUGGGAGUCGAGCUUGAACUCGAUGAAGCAGAGAGAUGCGGAUAUCAAAUCCGAGGAGGACAGAGUCGAAGCGAUUCGGGAAGAAAUCACCGCUCGAGAGCUGAUGAUCAAGGAGAAACGGGCGUUUAUGCAGACUGAGUCGGAGAAUAACAAGGAGCUGGAGAAGAAGAUCGACAUCAAGGAACGACAGAACUCCAAGCUUCGCGAGCAGAAAUUAUAUAUCAAAGAGCGAACUCGCCAGCUCGAAGACGACGUAAAAACGCUGCAGUACAAGAGCGACCGAUCCCGCAAAGAAAACGACUCCCGAAUCGUGAUGGUCGACUCGCUCAAGAGCCAAUUCAAGCAAAUGGAAGGCAAGCUAUCAACGAUGCAGGGCGAAAUGCGCGACAUUGAAGAAAAGACCGAGAGCGCUCGCAAGGGUCUCCUCUCCGCCGCCGAAGCCGCCAAGGAAGCGGAGAAGAUAACCUUGGAAAACGAGGCCAAGUUGAAGGAAAAAGAAGCGAUGAGCUCGAGAUGCCGAAAAGUCGCGUUCAGGAAACACCAAGAGCUACAAGACGCGAUCGGGGAACAGAAACAGCUUGAUUUGGAGCAUCAUGGGGCGAAAGCCGGGCUUAGAAAUCUGAAAAACGCGCUGGUGAAGCUCGACCAUGAAAGUAUCAAAACACAAGAGAUCAUUUACAAUCAAGACUUUACAAUCGCCAACCUCGAGCGUCGAAUCGCCCGCGUCCUUGGAGAAGUAAACAGCGAAGAGAAACAAGCGAUCAUCGAAAAACGCGACAAACUCCUGGCGCUGGUCGAAAAGAAGCAAGAACGAAAGAAUAUGAUCGACGCGCAAAUGAGGAAACUCAGCGAAAACAGUCGCAGGGUUACUCUUUUGCUGGAGAAAUGCACCAAGGAGUACAACUACGUUUCCAGCAAAAUUGAGGAGUUUGAGCUUUAUGAUGAUUCUAGCAAACGCGCACACGAAAACCUGAUCCGCGAAAAACAAGAUCUCAUGGUCGAAAACGCUAUCCUCAAGCUCAAAGUCAAAAAGGUCGAAGAAAUGGCUGACGCUCACGUGCGCGGCAUUAUCGAUCUUGAAAUGCACCGGACCCGGCUGGAAUCGUCCCUGAAGGAGCGACGCAUCGAAAUUGAGCAGCACGAAACGCUGGCGAGGAUCAAUGUUCAAUCGUAUGAGGCGAUGCGACUGACGAUUCAGAAAAAGAUUCAUGAAUGCAGAACGAAAGUUACUAUGCUUCGAAAUCGCUUUGAAAUCAUUAACAUGCAGCUGAAAGCUCCAGAGGGCGAGGAAAACAAGUCGCAGGCAUUCCACGUGAUCCAAGCUGCUCAAGAAAAAGAAGCGCUCAAACGACGAGGAGACAUUCUUCACGCGCAGAUUAAAAAGGCUGAAACUGAACUCGAGGGGCUUGAAAACACGCUCGUCAUCAUCAAUGGCGGAAAUGAAAGACUCAGACACAACCUACGACAUGCAGAUGAAAACUCAGCAGAACACGAAGAGAUGCAAAAUUUGGAGCGCAAUCGACGCACAGUGUCGGAAACGCUGCGACACAAGAACAGAAUUGUUAAUGAACUUGAAGACGAUCUCCAUCUCAAGGAGCAGACCCUUAUCGCGCAUAAUGAGAUGCUGCUCAGAACGCAGGCGAUCAUUGAUGAACAGAAUAGCAAGAGGCUUACACUCCAAAAAGAGGUCGAAAAAAGCGAUGAACGAGUAAAACGCGUCUCCGAGCGACUCUCAAAGCUAGAAAAAGACAUCAAAAAGAACGCCGACGGACUUCAAUACUCCUCCGACUUCGUCCAAGCUGAUGCCCGAAUCAAGGCCCUCCGAGAGCUGUCGAAAGAAACGCUCAAGAGCAUCGGAAAGAUUCGCGAUCGACAUCCAGAAUUAGGCCUCGAGCUUGAGGACUCUUUGGCUGCUGGUGGACUGAGAAUUCCGACGCCUUCGAGUAUCUCUUCUCCCGCCAGUUCUGCUAGAUUGUCGACCAGUCGAAGUUCGAUCGUUUCCAGAGGAUCGAGGAGUUCUCAGGGCUCUGCAGCAAUCGCCACUUCCACAGUUCAACUCGGCCUGUCUCAAGUAAGCGCUCCGCCAAACUCUGCUGAAUCCAGCCGCGCCGGAACCGCUAGAUCUGUUCGCUCAACUCGAUCAAACACCAGCUCGACCAAAAGCAAGAACAAGACUCUUGACAAACUGUAG